AUGCCCCCCCUCCAUGGCAAGAUAGCCCUUAUAACUGGUGGCAGCCGGGGAAUCGGCCUCGCCAUAGCGCAACACUUCGCACGACUCGGCGCCAGCACCAUCCUCCUGAGCAAGGGCCACUUCGGCCCAACCAGAGUCGACGUUCUGGUCAACUGCGCAGGCGUCUCGCAGGCCUCGCUGCUGGCGAGGACGACCUUGGAGGACAUUGAGAAAAUCCUGGACAUCAACCUCAAGUCUGCCGUGCUGGGGUGCAAGUUCAUCGGGCGGCAGAUGAUGCGUGGUGUGAAGCUCUCGGGGCGUGGAGAGGGCUGGGGCGGCGACGGACCAAGCAUCAUCAAUGUCUCGAGUGUUAUGGCCAUGAGAGGUGGGACUGGCGCAGCCGUCUAUGCAGCUACGAAGGCUGGACUACUGGGUCUUACGUCUGCACUUUCGACCGAGCUAGGGCAAUACGGUAUACGGGUCAACGCUCUUGUUCCCGGGUAUAUUGAGACGGACAUGAUUCAAAAAGAUCCAAUAACUCCUGUGCCCCCAUAUUUUCCGCCCAUGAUGCUGCUGCAGCAGCAGCCAGUUCCCAACUGUGCCGUAUAG